AUGGCGUUCCGAGAAGUGACAGAGACCACUCCGCUGCUCUCCGACUGGGAGCGCUUAGAUGCCCCUGACAUGCCUCACGAAAUCGAAGCUUAUGAAAACGUGUUUACAACAAGCAGUGAUUUUAUAGACGUCGCCGAGUCCGAGUCCAAGUCCCUCAAACCUGCAGAACGAGCCCAGCAGAAAACGUGGUGGCGCAAGGCCGUCGCCAAUGUCGUCCGAGCUCGCAAAAGCUAG